UAUAGGUGAUAAAUAUAAAAUUUAAAGUGCAAUUUGUUGAAAAUCUGACUCGUAACUUGUAUUAUUGGUGUAUUAGCUUAUUAUUAAUAUUUAUAAUAUCAUAACAGAAGCCACAAAUACCCAGGAGACCCAAAAACAAAAAUAAAAAACAAAAACCAAACGAAACUGUGCCUCCAUUUCGUCUCAGGAAAUGAUGAGACCACUCUCAGCCUUGUGCCUGCUUUCACUUUUCUUGGUUGAAGAAGCUACAUGUUCAUACAGGCACCAUAAGCUAUCAGAGUUCCGAGCAAAACUUGAAGAAAAAGCUGCUUCAAAUUUUAACCAGGCAGUUUCUUUGUUGCCUUCUGAAGCUUCUAACAAUACAAGGAUCGGGAGAGUUUUUUAUCCAAUUGUGUACGGAGCAGAUCCAAGUGGAGCAAAUGAGAGCAGUGAUGCUUUUUUGAAAACUUUGGGGGAUGCCUUUCAACUGCAAAAUGGGCUUGAAUUGCUUCCAGGAAUCAACGAUUUGGGAGGUAUAGUGAUUGAUUUGCAAGGUGGUAACUAUAAAAUCAACCAACCUCUUAGAUUUCCUUCUGGUGGAGGCAAUCUUGUGGUAAAAGGAGGAACUCUACGAGCAUCAGACCAAUUUCCUACUGAUCGCCAUCUCAUCGAACUAUGGUCACCAAGCUCGAAGAAACUUUCAGAAGUAGUGGCUGAACCCAUCAAACAUGUUAAGUUUAUAGACUCAAAAGACCAAAACAUAGGGAUGUACUACGAGGACAUAACCUUUCGGGACAUUCUGUUCGAUUCAAGCUAUAGAGGAGGAGGAAUCUUCUUGGUCGAUACGGCUCGGAUUCGUAUAAACAACUGCUUCUUUCUUCACUUCACGACGCAAGGAAUUCUAGUUCAAAAAGGUCAUGAAACCUUCAUAUCAAACUCCUUUUUGGGACAGCAUUCAACAGUUGGUGGUGAUAAAGGUGAGAAGGACUACACAGCCACUGCCAUUGAUCUUAAUAGCAAUGACAACGCCAUCACCGAUGUUGCAAUUUUCUCAGCAGCAGUUGGGAUUAUUUUAAGGGGUCAAGCCAAUAUUCUCUCUGGUGUACAUUGUUAUAACAAGGCCACAGGUUUUGGUGGCAUCGGAAUAUUUGUAAAAUUGGCAGGAAAUUCACAGACAAGAAUUGAUAAUUGCUAUUUGGAUUUCACCUCUAUAGUUCUCGAAGACCCUGUUCAAGUUCAUGUGACAAAUGGGCUUUUUCUGGGAGAUGCGAAUAUUGUGUUGAAAUCGAUUCAUGGUCAAGUAUUUGGGUUGAAUAUCGUGGAUAACAUGUUUAAUGGAAGCCCACAAAACAAGAUCCCAAUAGUUAAUUUAGAUGGAGAGUUUACAAAGGUUGAUCAAGUGGUGAUCGACCGAAACAAUGCCAUCGGGAUGAGCUUGAAAUCAACGGUGGGGAAAUUAGUGGUGGCUAGCAAUGGGACAAAGUGGGCUGCUGAUUUUUCAGAGGUUUUGGUAUUUCCCAACAGGAUUAGUAAUUUUCAGUACUCAUUCCAGAGUCAAGGGGACCCUAAGUUUACUUCUCAUGCUGUGACCAAUGUGACAAAUAAUGUAGUGGUGGUGGAGAGUGAGAAGGUGGUAAAUGCUUUGGUUUCUGUUGUUGUGGAACAAUAGACAUACACAUAGGAUUUUGGGGGAGAACUAGCUAGUCAGACCGUGAGUAGAGUUAUGCUAUAAGAAGCUUGUCUUUUUUUCAUUUUUUAAGUUAUUUUUUAGUAUUUUAUAAAGAUAUUAGAUUGGUAAUCAAAAAAGAAAAGAUACUUGAUUGGGGAUGAUCCGAAACUUUUGUCAUAUCGUUGAAAUAACUAAGCCAAUGCAGUGGGAACUGUCCCAAGAGCAUGUGAAUUUGAUCAUCAGGCUGGAACUAGAAUGAUAAAAUACUUUUCUAUAAACUGAUUUAUUGGAGUUGGAAAUAAAACAU